AUGGAAUUUAGACAUUUUGUCCAUUUAGAGGAGCAUUGUCCAAUCUGUGGAGAUACAGUUUCUGGAUAUCACUACGGUCUGCUGACCUGCGAAAGCUGCAAGGGAUUUUUUAAAAGAACGGUCCAAAACAACAAGAAGUACAUCUGUGCAGAAAACCAGGCAUGCAGCAUUGAUAAAACUCAGAGGAAACGGUGUCCAUUCUGCAGAUUUCAAAAGUGUCUUCAAGUUGGCAUGCGACUGGAAGCUGUUCGUGCAGAUCGUAUGCGAGGUGGGAGAAACAAGUUUGGCCCUAUAUACAAGCAAGAUCGUGCCCUCAAGCAGAGAAAGGCUUUGAUUCAAGCUUGUGGAUUCAGAAGUGAGAGCAAAGCCCCUCUGAUCUUCUCAAAAUCCCAGCGUGUCUCUAACUUUACUGGUGGCCUCCAACCAGAAUCAGUCCUUCACAGCACCCUGGUGACCAAAGCACAGAAUGACUGUAUCAGCUACCUGUCUCCACCACUUCUGCCCUCCAGCUCACCUUGUGCCACAAAGUAUCAGUGCUUCUCCUUUUCAAACUCGACAAUCAGACCAGAGCACAUAGAGAACUGUACAAGUUCACAGGGCUCUGAUGCAGGAAUCCACACAAACAAUCCAUACUCAAGUUCUCCACAAGGUCUGAGGAUGCCUCAGCUAGUGAUGGAGUUUUUGCAAUGUGAUUUAGAUCAGCUACAACUCCAGAAAAAGGUCACUACUUCUCUUCAGCAGGAGAUGGCUAGCUGGAGGAAACACAGGUACCCCACUACUUUUACCCUGAUGUGCCUCAUGGCUGACCAGAUGGUGGUCUGUAUUGUGGAGUGGGCUCGCACAUCCAUCUUCUUUAAACAUCUCAAGGUGUGUGAUCAGAUGAAGUUACUGCACAACUGUUGGAGUGAACUGUUGAUCCUGGACAUCAUUUCCGGACAUGUCCUUUACAACAGGGAGGGCAGCUUGCUUCUGGUCACUGGGCUGGAGGUGCAGCUGUCAGACAUAGCGUCUCCUACCCUAGCCAACCUGCUCCAGAGUGGACAAGAGCUGAUUGAUAAGCUCCAUACCCUGAAGGUGGACCGCCAAGAGUUUGCCUGUAUUAAGUUCCUCAUCCUCUUUAACCCAGAUGUGAAAGAACUGGAAGAACAUCAGCUCAUAGAGAGUGUGCAGGAGCAGGCUGAAGGAGCCCUCCUGGAAUAUACCCAAUGCACCUCUUCUCAGCACCUUGGACGCUUUACUAAUCUGCUACUAUGUCUCUCUGAUUUGCGCGCUCUCAGCAUUCUUGCUGAAGACUACCUGUACUACAAACAUCUUAUUGGUGAAGUGCCCUGCAACAACCUGCUCACUGAGAUGCUCCGUGUGAGGCACAGCUUGGCAUGA